AAAGUCUCUUAUGAUCCUAACUAUAUGUGUGUGUAUAUAUAUAUAUAUAUAUACACACGCCAUACGGACAUUUCUGCCAUAAUACCUUAAUAUUUCAAAUAUCCAGCAGAGAGAGUAACCGUAACCUCUCAAUAUAAGCUGCAAUUAUAUUAUUGAUUUUUCUACAUUUCUAAAUCCACCUCUACCAUAUAUAUCUCCACAAACCUCUCUGUCCAUAUCUAAAAUCUAAAAUUUCAAAAAGAUCUCAAUUAGAUUUCCCUCUCUCUUUCUAUCUCUAGCUAUUGCAAACCUUUCCCUCUGCCUUCAAAAUAGGCAAAUUCAUGGGUCUUAGAGACAUUGGUGCUUCACUGCCCCCAGGGUUUCGGUUUUACCCGAGUGAUGAGGAGUUGGUCCUUCAUUACCUUUAUAAAAAGAUCACUAAUGAGGAAGUUCUGAAGGGUACCUUGAUGGAAAUUGAUUUACACACGUGCGAGCCAUGGCAACUCCCUGAGGUGGCUAAGCUUAAUGCAAACGAAUGGUACUUCUUCAGCUUCCGUGACCGUAAAUAUGCAACUGGAUUUCGGACCAAUCGUGCGACGACAUCUGGCUAUUGGAAAGCAACGGGGAAGGAUCGUACGGUGCUUGACCCUGCCACGCGUGAGGUUGUAGGGAUGAGGAAGACAUUGGUGUUCUACAGGAACAGGGCUCCAAAUGGUAUCAAAACGGGUUGGAUCAUGCAUGAGUUUCGCUUGGAGACGCCACAUACGCCCCCUAAGGAGGACUGGGUUUUGUGUAGAGUGUUUCACAAAGGCAAAGCAGACAACAGUGCCAAACUCAUCAUGUACGAGAGCACAGUUCCAUCCCUAACUUUGGCUUCGUCAUCUCCAACCAACCAAAACACCACACCAUCAAUUGGGUAUAACCAAUUACUUGCCCCAUUCUCUUCCUCAAUGGCAACCCAUCAUCAUCAUCAUCAUCAUAUUCCAAACCAAAGCCAAAACAACAACUCCUUGAUGAGUCUCCUUCAGUUCUCUAGGGAAACAAACACCAACAACUCUAGCACCGUUACUCAAAUUAGUCCCAAAUGUGAUGAUAAUGGAUAUGGGUUCUUAUGGGACAUGGACCUCGAAGAAAAUAGCUUCCAUGAUGGCGGGGCAUCAAACUUGGAUGGAAUGAGAUUCGAGGUUGAUAAUAAUAAUAGUGUGGUGUUGUUAUGAAAAGAAAAAAAAAGUGGAAUAUGUACAUAUACAUAUACAUAUAUAUAUAU